AGCAAUGUUGGUGUGCUGGUUCUUUUCGCUGUUGGUCUAAAAUCUCGAUCGACUCGUAUUUACAUUUUAAUGAACUCAAAUUAUCCACUGUCUGGUUCAGCAAGUCGUACACAAAGUGAUCGUGAUCGUCGCGAACAUUACGUUGCAUUUCCAGUGGUGCUUCCGAAGAGUGGGGUCAGAAGUCGAGUCGAGUGUGUGCCUAAAGUUAUAUAAAAUUACGUGAAAUGCCCCCUAAGGAACCGUCUUCAUUAGUGAAAUUGUAUCUUAUCCUGUAUAAUGGUGGGCAAGUUUUGGGAUGGUCCUACAUGUUCUACCAAUUACUGGCAUAUUACACGAUUGACAAAGGAAGCGGGAAGACCCUUUGGGAAUACCUGGGAACCACUGUUAUAAUUUUCCAAAAUGCAGCCGCGCUUGAGAUUUUACACGCAGCGACGCGUAUCGUCCCAAGCAAUCCGGUUAUCACCACCUUCCAGGUACUUUCCCGUGUGAUGGUCGUCUGUGGUGUUGUGAUGGCAACACCGACUGGAAAAACCUCACCUGGUCUUCCGCUAGCGCUACUCGCCUGGACCAUUACCGAAAUCAUUCGGUACGGCUACUACGCACUGAACCUGGUCGAUGCCGUUCCGCAUCUGCUCAUAUUCCUGCGCUACACCACUUUCAUCGCACUCUACCCGAUCGGUGUGACCGGUGAACUGCUGUGCUUCUUCUGGGCCCAAAGCUACGUCCGAGAGUCCAAGCAAUGGAGCAUCGAGAUGCCGAAUGCGUACAAUUUCACCUUCUCCUAUUACUAUUUUCUGUGGCUGAUUAUGCUGCUGUACAUUCCACUGUUUCCGCAGAUGUAUCUGCAUAUGUUUGCCCAGCGACGGAAGAUACUCGGAGGCGGUGCCAAACAGAAGGUCAAAUAAGCAAUUAUCAAAAAAAACUUAAUUAGGUUACUUUUGUUAUGUUUAAUCGGUUUAAUGACACCAUAAUAUAAAGGAUCAUCUCCUGAAGACAUGCUGGACAGAUGUUUGGUGGAGGAUAUUCAGACUGAACCAAUUUUUCUCACUACUCUCGAAACACCUGACAUUUAUCUUUUUGUUUCUUAUUUUCACCAGCCUUCGUUAACGGGAUUAAAGUUUAGCCAUUCAGAUGGAAAUAUAUCAACUGCUGAGAAUUAAAAACUUGAUUUGUGGACAAA